AUGUCGUCGGAACAUGGAUUACAUGUUAUGUUAAGUUAUCAUUGGGAUAAUAAAGAACUAGUUUCAAAAAUUUAUAAAGUACUUAAAUCAAGAAAUAUACCCGUAUGGAUGGAUAUUCAUGGAGGAAUUAGUUUCAAUCUUUUUCAAAGUAUGGCUGAUGGAGUUGAAAAUGCUGCUGUUGUUGUUUGUUUUAUGACACAAAAAUAUCAGAAUUCACGUAAUUGUGAAAAAGAAUUAUUGUAUGCUGAACGAAGACGUGUUUCAAUAAUUCCAUGUCGUUUAACACGUGAUUGGGAACCAUCAACAUGGCUUGGAAUAGUUAUAGCUGGACUUGUUUGGGUUGAUUUUCGUGAAAUAACGGAAGCAAAUGUUGAUGUUAAAAUUGAUAAAUUAAUUGAUCAAAUUCGAGUUGUAGCAGGAAAACAGCUCAAUUGUUUUCUUCCAGAAACUCCCAGUGUGGAACAAACUCAUCCAAUAUGUGUUAAUAAUUCUUCAAAUACUCUUUAUCCUGUUCUUUCAAUAUCCAGUGAAAUAUCAAAUCGAAAUACAUCUGAUUUAAAUAAUCUUGUACGUGCUUCAUCAAUCGAUUCAACAAAACGAUCAACCAAUCUAAUAUCUCGUCAACAUCAAAGUAUUGACCAUACAUAUAAUACACCACCACCAGUACCUCCUCGUCCAAAUAAAGAUCUAAUUCGAGAACGACUAUCACAUACUGAUACAACAAAAACCUUCGAUAAAAGUGAAUCUAUUGAUGAAAAAAAAGAGAACAGUAUACCAAUCAGUAAUGGAAGACCAGAUAUAUGUGAAGUUUCAGUUCAAAAUCAAUCAAAUCCACGUUCUAUUCCAGAUGUUAUUGAUUUAUCACCAUCUGUCAAUAAUAGUGAAAAGAAACGCAGUGGUAUUAUUAUUGAUUAUUCAAAAUUUCGUCGUCCACCUCGUAUAAUUGGUGAUGAUAAUGAUGAAAUUUCAUUUUGCUGUCCAUCAGGUGUAGCUGUUUCGAAAACGGGUCUUAUCUAUGUUGCUGAUCAACAAAAUCAAUGUAUUAAAAUAAUUCCAUUAUUAGGAAGUGGAAAACAAAUUUUAUCACGUCCAUUUAAUCGACCUAAAGGUGUACAUAUUGAUGAACUUGGUCGUGUACUUGUUACGGAACAUAAUCGUUUACUUAUACUUGAUAAUGAUUUGAAUUUACUCAAAGCUAUUGGAGAUCAUGGAUCAAAACCUGGUGAAUUUAAUGUACCAUGGGGUGUUACAACUGAUUCAUCAUCGAAUAUAUAUGUAUGUGAUCAAAUGAAUAAUCGAAUACAAAAAUUAGAUGUUGAUGGUCGGUUUUUACUUGAAUGGGGCUAUGAAGGUGAACAUCCUGGUCAAUUUUAUUAUCCACAUUUUAUAUCGGUAUCUGGUAAUCGUGUUGCUGUAUCAGAUCAAUUAAAUCAUCGAGUGCAAGUAUUUGAUUGUUUUGGAAAUUAUCAUUAUAAAUUAGGUGAACCUGGUAAUGAACCAGGACAAUUUAGUUGUCCAUUUGGUGUAUGUAUUGAUGCAAAUGGUCAUUUAGUUGUUGCUGAUCAUGAUAAUAAUCGCGUGCAAAUGUUUGAUGAAAAUGGUGAUAUUGAACUUAUAUUAGAUAGAGAAACAAAUCCUUUAUUUGAUUUUCAAGGUGUUCAUGGUUUAGCUUUAACUCAUGAUGGUGGACUCCUUAUUACUGAUUAUAAACGAAAUGGAAAACAUCGUUUAUUUAUUUUUGCGUAG